AUGAAAAAAUUCGUUGCUACUGAUGCUGCCAUUGUUCAUAAUACUUAUCAUGAUCCAAAACAUUAUCCUAAAAUGGUUUGGUCAACUAAUUAUUAUAAACUCGCUGCUGCUACCAUGUUUACUUUAUUCUUUGCAGGAAAAUUAUAUGCUGAAAAAUGUAUCGUUGAUGGUGUUAAUAUACAAGAUUAUUUACAAUCUCAUUAUUUUAAUGCUUACAAAACUUUGGCAACAAAAAUUUGUGAGGCCGGCCUUCAUGAUUCUUUGGUGAUUGGUUAUGAUACCAUGAACGAACCAAGUUGGGGUUUUGUUGGUGCUGAAGAUUUGAAUCAUAUCCCUGAUCAUCAAGAAUAUAAGCGUGGAAGAACUCCAACUCCUUUUCAAGCAAUGUUAUUAGGUGAAGGACACGCUUGUACUUUACCAGUUUGGGAUAUCACUUGGUAUGGUUUUGGUGUUGUUGGAUCUGAACAUAUUGAUCCAAAAGGUGUUACCGCUUGGU